UGUGUCGUCGUAGCUCUGUGGGAGGAGACGAGCCGCCACUGCUGCUGCACGGUGUGUGCUGCGGUCUAUAGGGGUACCGAGUACCGACGUUGAGGGACACGGGUAUGCCGUAUUGUCACCGGGCUCCCUGAGAGGAGACCGUGGCCUGCACGAGCCCCUGCCAAACGAGAGAUGUGGGGAGCGCUAUGAGGCACCUGUGGGCAAGCUGAACGGGACGUGACCAUGGCUCAGUUUGGGGCUCCUUUCGGGGGGAACUUGGACAUCUGGGCCAUAACUGUGGAGGAAAGAGCCAAACAUGACCAGCAAUUCCAUGGACUCAAGCCCAUGGCUGGGUUUAUCACUGGAGACCAAGCUAGGAAUUUCUUCCUUCAGUCCGGAUUACAGCCACCCGUUCUCGCACAGAUAUGGGCUCUGGCUGACAUGAACAAUGACGGCCGAAUGGACCAGCUGGAGUUCUCCAUAGCCAUGAAACUCAUUAAGCUAAAGCUCCAAGGUUACCCCCUGCCCUCCGUCCUGCCCUCACUCAUGCUGAAGCCGCCGCUUUCUGUGCCUGCGCCGGCAUCGUUCGGUAUGAGUGGAAUGGCUGCCAUGCCUCCCAUUGCCGCCGUAGCUCCUGUGCCAUUGCCAACCAUUCCGGUAGUAGGAAUGUCUCCUCCUAUAGUGCCCCCUGUCGUCCCCGCCGGUGCUGUGCCACCCUUGGCUAACGGAGCCCCUGCCGUAAUACAGCCUCUCCCUGCUUUUGCUCACUCUGCCACUUUGCCAAAGAGUUCAUCGUUUGGCCGGUCAGGCGCUGGGUCACAGAUGAACACCAAGCUACAGAAAGCCCAGUCUUUUGAUGUUGCCAUCCCUCCGCCAUUGCAAGAAUGGGCUGUGCCACAGUCAUCAAGACUUAAGUACAGACAACUAUUCAACAGCCACGACAAAACCAUGAGCGGCCACUUAACAGGACCUCAAGCAAGAACAAUCCUUAUGCAGUCAAGUUUACCACAAGCCCAGCUAGCUACGAUAUGGAACCUUUCUGACAUUGAUCAAGAUGGAAAACUAACAGCCGAAGAGUUCAUCCUGGCGAUGCAUUUAAUAGAUGUGGCGAUGUCUGGCCAGCCCUUGCCACCCGUCCUUCCUCCUGACUAUAUCCCUCCAUCUUUUAGACGAGUUCGCUCUGGCAGCGGAUUGUCCUUAAUGAGCUCGGUGUCUGUUGAUCAGCGGGUCCCCGAAGAGCCGGCAGAAGAGGAGCCUCAGCAGACAGACAAAAAGUUGCCAGUGACCUUCGAAGACAAGAAACGAGAAAACUUUGAGCGCGGGAACCUCGAGUUGGAAAAGAGACGUCAGGCUCUGCUGGAGCAGCAGCGGAAAGAACAGGAACGCCUGGCCCAGCUGGAAAGAGCGGAGCAGGAGAGAAAGGAGCGCGAGAGACAGGAACACGAACGCAAGCGGCAGCAGGAGCUGGAGAGACAGCUGGAGAAACAGCGAGAGUUAGAACGCCAGCGAGAAGAGGAGCGCAGGAAAGAAAUAGAGAGGAGAGAGGCUGCAAAGAGGGAGCUGGAACGCCAGAGACAGCUGGAAUGGGAGAGGAACCGGAGGCAGGAACUCCUGAAUCAACGGAACAAAGAACAGGAGGACAUCGUUGUGCUGAAAGCAAAGAAAAAGACGCUGGAAUUUGAGCUUGAGGCUUUAAAUGAUAAAAAGCAUCAGUUAGAAGGAAAACUACAAGAUAUUCGCUGUCGUCUCACUACACAACGGCAUGAAAUUGAAAGCACUAAUAAGUCGAGGGAGCUGCGGAUAGCAGAGAUCACGCACCUACAGCAACAGCUACAGGAGUCCCAACAGCUUCUUGGAAAACUGAUUCCCGAAAAACAGUCUCUUAAGGACCAGCUGAAGCAGGUGCAACAAAAUAGUUUACACAGAGAUUCGCUUCUUGCACUAAGACGAGCACUAGAAGCCAAGGAAAUCGGUCGUCAGCAGCUUAGAGAACAGCUAGAUGACGUGGAGAAAGAAACCAGAGCCAAACUUCAAGAGAUUGAUGUCUUUAAUAACCAGCUAAAGGAGCUCCGAGAACAGCACAAUAAACAGCAGCUGGAGAAGCAAAAAGACCUGGAGGCCGAGAGGCUGAAGCUGAGGGAGCAGGAGAGGAAGAUCAUUGAACUGGAGAAGCAAAAGGACCUGGAAGCCGAGAGGCUGAAGCUGAGGGAGCAGGAGAGGAAGAUCAUUGAACUGGAGAAGCAAAAGGAGGAAGCUCAAAGACGGGCACAAGAGCAAGACAAGCAGUGGCAGGACCGCGUCAAACGGGAGGAGGACAUUGUGCGGCACAAACUACUCCAAGAAGAGGAGAAACAGAAAAAGCUAGACUCCUCUAAAGCCAACGACGAUGAGAAAAAACAGGAUGUGCAGGAAAAACCCAACAAGCUUUUCCAUCAGCUCCCAGAGCCGUUCAAACCAGGAGGGCAAGUCCCCUGGACAGGUACAGAAAAAGCACCGCUAACGAUCUCUCAGGGGGAGGUGAAGGUUGUUUAUUACCGAGCGCUCUACCCUUUCGAUGCAAGAAGUCCCGAUGAGAUCACAAUCCAUCCCGGGGAUAUAAUCAUGGUGGACGAGAGCCAAACCGGUGAGCCUGGGUGGCUUGGAGGGGAAUUGAAAGGAAAAACGGGAUGGUUUCCAGCCAACUACGCAGAGAGAAUGCCCGAAGGCGAAUGUCCAAGCACAACCAAGCAGGCAGCAGACACCACGUCCAAAACCGCUGACCACGUGGCGCAGGCCACGAGUACAUCGGCAGCGUUCACCGACUCGACUGCGAAUGCCAACAACUGGGCGGACUUCAGCUCUACGUGGCCAACCAAUAACAGUGACAAAGCAGAGACUGAUAAUUGGGACAUAUGGGCAGCUCAGCCCUCGCUGACCGUACCAAGUGCUGGCCAGAUAAGACAGCGCUCGGCAUUCACUCCGGCUACGGUUACUGGAUCAUCUCCUUCCCCCGUGUUAGGCCAGGGUGAAAAAGUGGAAGGACUCCAAGCCCAAGCUCUGUAUCCAUGGAGGGCAAAGAAGGACAACCACCUAAAUUUCAACAAGAAUGACAUCAUCACCGUUCUGGAACAGCAGGACAUGUGGUGGUUUGGAGAAGUUCAAGGGCAUAAGGGCUGGUUUCCUAAAUCGUACGUCAAGCUCAUUUCCGGCCCCUUGAGGAAAUCGACCAGUAUCGACUCGACGUCUUCAGAAAGCCCGGCCAGUUUGAAGAGAGUGUCUUCGCCAGCGUUUAAACCUGCCGUCCAAGGAGAAGAAUACAUAGCUAUGUAUACGUACGAGAGCAACGAGCAAGGAGACUUGACUUUCCAGCAAGGCGAUAUGAUCUUGGUAAUUAAGAAGGAUGGAGACUGGUGGACGGGGACCGUGGGUGAUAAAACUGGAGUCUUCCCGUCAAAUUACGUGAAACUGAAAGAUUCUGAGGGCAUUGGAACAGCAGGAAAAACGGGAAGCCUUGGAAAGAAGCCAGAAAUUGCCCAGGUCAUCGCAUCUUACACGGCCACUGGCCCUGAGCAACUAACUCUGGCUCCGGGCCAACUCAUUCUCAUCAGGAAGAAGAAUCCUGGCGGCUGGUGGGAGGGAGAGCUACAGGCACGUGGGAAGAAAAGACAGAUCGGAUGGUUUCCUGCGAACUAUGUGAAACUAUUGAGCCCUGGUACUAAUAAAACCACCACCCCAACGGAGCCGCCUAAACCAGCAGCAUUGCCACCGACGUGCCAAGUAAUCGGGAUGUACGACUAUAUCGCACAGAACGACGACGAGCUGGCGUUUACCAAAGGUCAAGUCAUCAAUGUACUGAACAAAGAGGAUCCUGAUUGGUGGAAAGGAGAACUAAAUGGUCAAGUGGGGCUCUUCCCAGCCAAUUACGUGAAGCUGACUACAGACAUGGACCCCAGUCAACAAUGGUGUGCGGAUUUACAUCUUCUCGACAUGCUGACCCCCACAGAAAGAAAGCGACAGGGCUACAUUCAUGAGCUGAUUGUGACGGAGGAGAAUUACGUCAAUGACUUGCAACUGGUCACCGAGAUAUUCCAGAAGCCGCUGUUAGAAUCUGAUCUACUCACGGAAAAAGAAGUGGCCAUGAUUUUCGUCAACUGGAAGGAGCUGAUAAUGUGCAAUAUCAAGCUACUCAAGGCCCUGAGAGUUCGCAAAAAGAUGUCUGGGGAGAAGAUGCCAGUGAAGAUGAUCGGGGACAUUUUGACGGCCCAGUUACCCCACAUGCAGCCGUAUAUUCGCUUCUGCAGCUGUCAGCUCAACGGGGCUGCCCUCAUCCAACAAAAAACAGACGAGGUUCCCGAGUUCAAGGAGUUUGUCAAGAGGUUAGCGAUGGAUCCUCGGUGUAAAGGGAUGCCGCUGUCCAGCUUCCUCCUGAAGCCCAUGCAGAGAGUGACCAGAUAUCCUCUCAUCGUUAAAAACAUCAUAGAGAAUACUCCCGAAAAUCACCCUGAUCUCAGUCACCUGAAGCACGCUCUGGAGAAAGCAGAGGAACUUUGUUCCCAAGUCAACGAAGGAGUCCGAGAGAAGGAGAACUCUGACCGGCUGGAGUGGAUCCAGGCUCACGUUCAGUGUGAAGGUUUAUCGGAGCAACUGGUUUUUAACUCCGUCACAAACUGCCUGGGGCCGCGCAAGUUUCUGCACAGCGGCAAGCUGUACAAGGCGAAGAGCAACAAGGAGUUAUAUGGCUUCCUCUUCAACGACUUCCUGCUGCUGACCCAGAUCAUGAAGCCGCUGGGCUCCUCCGGCACGGACAAGGUGUUCAGCCCCAAAUCCAACCUGCAGUACAAGAUGUAUAAAACGCCUAUCUUUCUGAAUGAGGUGCUCGUGAAACUGCCUACGGACCCUUCAGGAGACGAGCCCAUCUUCCACAUCUCUCACAUUGACCGGGUCUACACCCUGCGUGCAGAGAGCAUCAACGAGAGGACAGCCUGGGUGCAGAAAAUCAAAGCUGCCUCGGAGCUUUACAUCGAGACGGAGAAGAAGAAGAGAGAGAAGGCCUAUCUAGUACGGUCUCAACGGGCUACAGGCAUUGGAAGGCUGAUGGUCAACAUUGUAGAAGGGAUUGAGCUGAAGCCCUGCAGAUCCCAUGGGAAGAGUAAUCCAUACUGUGAGAUCACCAUGGGCUCCCAGUGCCAUAUCACAAAGACUAUACAGGACACGCUGAACCCCAAAUGGAAUUCCAAUUGCCAAUUCUUCAUCAAGGACUUGGAGCAAGACGUGCUCUGCAUCACCGUGUUCGAAAGGGACCAGUUUUCCCCAGACGAUUUUCUCGGGAGAACAGAAAUCCGUGUUGCAGAUAUCAAGAAGGACCAAGGUUCCAAAGGGCCAAUUACAAAGUGUCUCCUUUUACACGAAGUCCCGACCGGAGAGAUAGUCGUCCGACUAGACCUGCAGCUGUUUGACGAGCUGUAGCGUCCACCGGGCAGACCACGCGCCGCUCCUUUACCGUCCACUCGCUGUCCCUCUAUAGACCUUUCGUGGUGAGAUGGUCGCCAAACCCUCGAAUCCAGCGUCUCUGUUAAACCAUCCUAAAUUUUUAAUUGGAUUUCCCAUUUUCUAAGAAAGCCUGUGUGUUUUAUAUGUGGGACUUCAUUUUAGAUUUUAGGAAGUUUUCUUUUUUUCAUGAAAAAAAAAACAAAACAAAUAACUGUGACCUUUGCUGUGAUAUCAACAUUUAGAAAAUGUUGUAGAAUUCACUGCGUCGCUAACUCAGUGUGUAGUUUUAAAUCAAUUGUUAAUGUUUGAA